GUCCUUGCUGUGUUACUGACUGAAAGGUCUCUUUGCUAUGGAGUCGUUUGACCCCGCCGAGCUACCCGAGCUGCUCAAGCUUUAUUACCGGAGGCUCUCCCCCUACUCCCAGUACUAUCGCUGGCUCAACUACGGCGGAGUGGUAAAGAAUUACUUUCAAAACCGAGAAUUUUCAUUCACAUUGAAAGAUGAUAUUUACAUUCGUUACCAAUCCUUCAACAACCAGAGUGAAUUGGAAAAGGAAAUGCAGAAAAGGAAUCCAUACAAGAGUGAUAUAGGCGCAGUAUAUGCUCACAGACCCAGUCAACAUAAUACAGUGAAGCUGGGAGCCUUCCAGGCUCAGGAGAAGGAACUGGUGUUUGACAUUGACAUGACAGACGAUGAUGAUGUGAGAACAUGCUAUAGCUUUGCAGACGUAUGCUCCAAGUGCUGGACCCUCAUGACAAUGGCCAUACACAUCAUAGACCGAUCGCCAAAGGAGGGCUUUGGGUUUAAGCAUCAUCUCUGGGUAUAUUCUGGAAGGAGAGGUGUUCAUUGCUGGGUCUGUGAUGAAUCAGUUAGAAAAUUGUCCUCUGCAGUACGUUCUGGGAUAGUUGAAUAUUUGAGUCUUGUAAAGGGUGGUCAGGACGUUAAAAAGAAAGUUCAACUAAGUGAAAAAAUUCACCCUUUUGUCAGAAGAUCUAUAAAUAUAAUUAAAAAAUACUUUGAAAAAUAUGCAUUGGUUGAUCAAGAUAUUCUUGAAAAUAGCUGGGAUAAGAUUUUAGCUCUUGUUCCUGGGACAAUUCAUGAAGAACUUCAGACAGACUUCCAGAAGUCUCACAGUUCACUUCAGCGUUGGGAGCGUCUGAAAAAAAGUAUCAAAAAUGACAAAUGUGGACCUUGGCUGGAGUGUGAGAUUAUGCAAUAUUGUUUUCCACGGCUGGAUAUCAAUGUUAGCAAAGGAAUCAAUCAUCUACUGAAGAGCCCUUUCAGUGUUCACCCUAAGACAGCUCGGAUUUCUGUGCCUAUUGAUUUACAGAAAGUAGAUCAGUUUGAUCCCUUUACUGUUCCAACAAUAAGCUCCAUUUGCCAUGAAUUAAGUGUAAUUUCCACUAAUGAAAAUGAAAAAGUAGAGAACGAAACUGGAUCUGAUAUCAAACACAGAACCAGAGAUUAUAAGAAGACCAGUCUAGCACCUUAUGUGAAAGUUUUCGAACAGUUUCUUGAAAACCUGGAUAAAUCCCGAAAAGGAGAACUUCUCAAGAAGAGUGAUUUACAAAAAGAUUUCUAAAGAAAGCAACUCCCCUCAAACCAGUGUGUAUAUCUUCAACAUUCAACCAGGGAUCCAGUGCUUCAAGAUCCA